AUGGCCUCGCGGACGUUCCCCACGCCCUCGAGCGACCCUCCGGAGAAGGAGAUGCAGUACUUCCCCGCGAUGCUGUCGGCGCUGCCGUCGGCGUCGGGGGAGUUCCGGCGGGUGCUUUGGACGGGGCUGUAUUCGCAGCUGGUGCUCAUGACGAUCCCGGCGGGCGGGGACAUCGGCGAGGAGGUGCACACGGUGGACCAGAUCCUGACCUUCACGUCGGGGACGGGGCUGGCGCAGGUUGGCGGGCGGGAGCAGGCGGUCAAGGCCGGCGACCUGGUGGUCGUGCCCGCCGGCACCAGACACCAGUUCCUCAACACGGGGCCCGCGCCGCUCCUGCUGUACACCGUAUACUCGCCGGCCGAGCACCGGCCCACAUCCGUCCACAGGACGAAGGAGCAGGGCGACAGGGAGGAGGAAGAGGGUGUCGACGAGGCGCCUGGGUGGGCGCACAGGAGUAAACAGCAGAAUGAGAAGGAAGGCUGGGUCAAGGCGGAAGAGUAA